AUGCUGCUGCUGGGGUGCCUGUCUCCCCUCUCUCCCUUCUUAACUCUUAUAGCUCUUAUUCCAAAUCCCUGGGACUAUCCUGGCUGCGACUUGCAUGCAACAGGCCCCGGGGGCCCCCUGAUAACCUGGGUGGGCGGGGAGGACCUGGCUGGAGCGAGCCCGGGCUUUGCUGAGGAGGAGGGCAGCAGCGCAGCAGCAGCAGCAGCAGCAGCAGCAGCAGCAGCAGCAGCAGAAGAGGAAGAAGAGACGGAGGAGCUGCUGCUGCAGAAGCAAAAAGAUUGCUGCAGAAGCUACAGGCGGCUGCUGUGCGUCUCUGAGCCCCGCGGCUGCGUGCUGGUCAGAGUUUUGGCCUGCAGCAGCGGGCCUUAUUUGCUGAAUUUGUUUGAGUUUCGUCGGCUGCCGAAUCCGGACUUGUUUGCUGCUCCUGCUGCUGCUGCUGCUGCUGCUGCUGCUGCUGCUGCAGCAGACGGGGGGGGCGCAGCAGACGGGGCGGACGCAGCAGACGGGCCCGCAGCAGCAGCCCUCACGCAGCAGCAGCAGGCUGCUGCUGCUGCGCAGCAGCACGCUGCAGCAGCCACCGCCUACGUCGAGUACCUCAAGGCUUCCUUCUCUGCUGCUGCUGCUGCUGCUGCUGCUGCAGCAAAGCUGCCGCCUGCAGCAGGAGCAACAGCAGCAGGAGCAGCAACAAACGGCAACCUCAACAUACACCACAACAAGGACGCAGAGCUGCAGCAUCUGCUGCAGCCCUCGCUGCGGGAAGCCACUGCAGCAGCAGCAGCAGCAGCAGCAGGGAAUGGAGCAGCAGCAGAUGCGCUGCAGCAGGACCAGGCUUUCCAAAGGCAGCUGGAGCUCGUCGCAGCAGACCUCAAGGCCUGCACCCUCGACAACCAGCAGCUGCUGCGCAUGCAGCAGCAGCUGCAGCAGCAGCAGCAGCAGCAGCAGCAGCAGCAAAGAUCCAGCAUAGACAACCGGCCGCCGUGGAACGACCGCUUUGCUGUCAAAGGGUCGGAGAACGACCACAUGUACCUUUAA